AAACUAGUCAGCGAAAAAUUAACAGAUCUGUUAAAAAGAUCACAGUAUGCACUGACCUAUAUUACUAUCAAAUGUCACACCGCAACUGUUAUUCUAAUCAGAUUCUCUUGGCUAGCGGUUCAAGAUCUUUGAAUUAAUAAUAUAUGCUUAAAUUCAACGCGACUCAUUUUAAUUAUGUGUUUGCUGAAUUCAGUCGUCUAUCAGACAAUGGAGAUUCGGGCCGGUUUUUGUAAUUGCCUUCAAGUAAAGCUUUCGAAUUUUUCUUAUCGUGAUGAGCCAUUAUCAAACUCGAUACAU